AUUCUCGCGCUGUCAUUCGUGACGUCCGCACGGCUCGACUCGGAAAGGGCGCAGGCCGCCUUCGUGCAAACUUUACCGAACUUCUACGAACUAAACGAAAAAAGUUCGCUGUGUUUUCUGAACGAAAAUUGGAUGCAAUCUGUGAAGUUCGCUCAGUGCCGUGACAGAGUUUUGUGCAUUUGAAAAAGUUCGAUUACUGUUUCAUAUAUGAAUAUUUUGGACAUGCUAAUGAUAUGACGGAUUUUUAACGCCGGAUUUAAUGGGCCGUGUGUUACGAUGAGAAUGCGCGUCGAUUGGGGGCCCGACUACGUUCGCUCUACAGAAGACCCGCUGUAGCUUGCGAGAUGGCGUCGGUGGUAGCACCCCGUGUUCUCUUCAUCGUCGUCAUGAUGCUAUCUAGAGAUUGUGGUGUCGCAAGCCUGGAGCUUCUUGAGCUCCGAGUUCCAGCGCAUGUACCACUGGGUACACGGGCACAGCUGCAAUGCCGUUGGCAAUUAGGCCCAACAGACAUACUAUACUCAGUCAAGUGGUACAAAGAUGGCAAGGAAUUCUUCAGGCAUGUGCCAAGAGAGGUUGAGCCGAGAAGAAAGUUUCCUUUGCCAGGAGUGGACGUAGAGGAGUCAAGUCAUAACGGUGCGAAUGUGACGUUACACCCCGCGGUUCUGGAGACAGGCGGUCGGUACAGGUGCGAAGUAUCAGGAGAAAGGCCUUUGUUCCCAACGGUGUCAGAUCAUGCGGAUAUGACUAUUGUCGCUUUACCAGAUCACGGACCUACUAUUACUGGGUCCCGUUUGCGGUACCAGAUAGGCGACAGGGUACAGGUCAACUGCACCUCUGGUCGGUCCCGGCCCGCCACCAGACUCGCCUGGUACAUCAACGGGGAGCCAGCGCCCACCGGCGCGAUGUUGCCGCCCAUGCAUUACAAAUUUGAAGAUGGCCUAGAGGUCACUAGUUUAGCUCUUGACUUUAAAGUCAAACCUAAACACUUUAGGAAAGGAGAUCUUAAGCUUAAGUGCUUAGCCACGAUAGCGACUGUUUAUUGGAGGAGCAACGAAGAGAGUGUCCAAGGAGAAAGGCUAAAAGGAUACGCUCGAUCCAGAGAACUUAGCGAGGGCACAUCCAGGGCGGACAGAGUCCAAGCCGCUGGAAAAUCAUCUGUCGCCAACGAACUCCUCCUAAAUCCUAUAUAUCUAGUGCUGUGUUCCAUUAUGAUGCACAUAUUACAGAAAAGACAUUCAACAUAAAUAUAAUUCAAGAUAUUAGUGAUAAAAGAACAGUGACUGCUUAGGUGAAUUUAUUAUUAUGGGAUUCACUUUUGUUUUGUGCGUUGAUUUUAGUGUAACGCAACUAAAAGACAUCAUAACGUGGCAUGGAGCUUCUAUAGAGCUAAUAAUUAUAUAAACGUUUACAUUAAAGAUAAGUUAUUUAAUCGUUAAAAUUACUCAUUUCUUCUCCAUAAUAUUUUGAGCACUGCUAAUAAAAAUAUCCAAUUUAUAUUAUGUUUCUUUGAAGGCUCUAAUUUUAUUAAGUUAUGAUGAAAAGAUAAAUCAGUUUCUAAUGGCUAUAUUAGUAAAAAUUACUUUGACCUAUAGUGACUAUAUUUUUUUUAAAUAUUUAAGGUACGUUGUGAAUGAAAAAUAUUAUUCUUGUUAUAAAUAAUUGAAAUUUAAUCAACAGUUUGGAAAAUUUUAAAACGAAAGAUAAUUUGGGUUCAUUUCACAUUUGAUUUUUAUAGCUACAUGACGUUAUGUGCACAGUCACUCAUUCUAUAUGAAUUUAUAAGCGUAGUUGGGUUAUAUCACUGAGCCUCUAAAUACAUUUUCAGACAUUACGUACUUACUGAGCAUAUUGAACAUAGAAUUGAGGUGGGUAGUAUUGAGGUUGCCAUGUCAUUUCAGCGACAUCUUUAAAUAAAAAUUGAUAAAUCACCAAACUCAAACUUGAUAUCGAAUUGUGUCCUAGAAUAGGUUAAUUUUAACCUUUUUUUAUCAUCAAUACAAUUUAUACUAUAGGAAAACCUUAUCUCAUACUGAUUUCUUAUUAAACACUCCAAAGACAAAAGUUACAUCCUGUUGCGAAUCGAGUGAUUUAAUUAAGGUAUAAUAUAAAAUAUUACUUAAUUAAUGGAAUUAGUUAAUAUCACUUUUUUCAUUAAAACUUUGUUUUGAAAAGAAGCAAAGGACGUUGUUGACAAAUAUAAUACAUUAUU